AUGGCCAGUGUAGCGCGGCGGGUGCACCAGGUGUUUGGGGCCGACACGGAUGUAGGCAAGACGAUUUUUUCCACGGCGCUGCUCCUCGCGAGUGCAGCGCGAGGAAGCAAGGUGGCAUACGUCAAGCCAGUGAGCACAGGCGCGCAGCAGGACAUGGAUGCGCGGCAUGUACGGACCUUUGCGCCACAAGUGCCAACGCGUACGCUUGUGCAGUUUUCGGAGCCUGUGUCACCGCACAUGGCCGCUGCAAUGCAGGCAUCGCCUGAUGAGCAUGUCAGGGAUGCACAGAUCGUGGAGCGUCUGCGUACGUGGCUGCACGAAUGCGGGAUGGAGGCAGCGAUUGUCGAGACGGCCGGCGGCGUUCACUCGCCAUCGCCGAGCGGGUCUUCUCAGGCAGAUCUGCUGCGUCCGCUGCGUCUUCCGACGAUCUUGGUCGGAUCGAGCGUCCUGGGUGGGAUCAGCUCAACGCGCGCCUCGUUCGAGAGCCUGCGGAUGCGUGGCUACGAUAUCGAUGUCGUUUUGAUGUUCACUUCGCCGUACUAUGGCAACGAUACGUACCUAGCACAGUACUUUGUGGAGCAUGGGAUUCCUCUCUUCACAAUCGAAAAGCCGCCGGCGCGAGUGGCUGACACGCCCACGGACGUGGCUCGCAUGCAGACCUACUACCAGCACACACUGACGACCAUGGCAGAGGUGGUGCAAUACCUCGCAGAUCAGCACGCUCGCCGAUAUGCAUCCCUCGAUACUCUGGGUAUGCGUGCACACCAGCACAUGUGGUGGCCCUUUACGCAGCAUACGCGCGUGGCGCCCCAGGACGUGACGAUCGUCGACAGUGCGCACUCUGACUUUUUUGAGGCGCACGCGCCAGGACAAGGCACGUCGCCCAUGAUGGAUGGAUCAGCAUCGUGGUGGACGCAGGCCGUGGGGCACGGCCAUCCGCGCCUCGCACUAGCUGCCGCGUACGCCGCGGGUCGGUACGGUCAUGUGUUGUCGCCCAGCGUAGCACAUGAGCCAGCCGUCAGACUGGCAGAGCGAUUGCUUGGCCACGACUCGUCAGCGACGCUCGCACCUGGACGCGGAUGGGCCAGCCGUGCGUUUUUCACAGACGAUGGAAGCACGGGCAUGGAAGUCGCGCUCAAGAUGGCCAUGCAAGCAUCGGUGCGACGGUACACGCCCACGGUCAUGUCCUCAGCAACACUCGCACGCACAGCGCCUGGCCGCCGUGCCGGCUCGCUCGGUGGACGCCAGCAGCGCGAAUGGCACGUGUUGGGUUUGCAAGGCAGUUAUCACGGCGACACGAUCGGGGCGAUGGAUGCGUGUGAGCCAAGUGUGUUCAGUGAGCACGUGGCGUGGUACCGCGGCCGUGGCUACUGGCUGGCUCCGCCGGCGCUGCGAAUGAAGGAGGGCAAGGUCCGAAUCGAGGUCCCGGCCUCUGACGAAUGGGGCGAGUCGCAGUGCCUCGGCAUACUGCCCUCGAUCGAGGCGGCGUACCGUAUGCCAGCGCGACUACAGAGUGAAUUGGCGCAGCGGUAUGUGCGCAUGUUGAACAAGCGCCUCGAGGAGCUUGUUCUUGUCGAGGGACACCGCUUCGGAGCCCUUGUCCUGGAGCCACUCGUGAUGGGGGCGGGGGGCAUGAUCUUUGUCGAUCCGCUAUUUCAACGGUGCCUCGUUGACGUGGUCCGCUCGCGCGAGGACCUCUUUUCGCUAUCAGAUCCGCCAUUGCGCGAUGCCUGCGUGAAUCGCGAUGCAGACGGGUGGCGCGGCUUACCGGUCGUGUACGACGAGGUGUUUACGGGUCUACACCGCCUGGGCUUUGCCAUGGGGGCCGAUGUGCUGGGUACACCGCCCGACAUAAACUGCCUCGCCAAGAUCCUGACCGGCGGUGUCGUGCCCAUGUCCGUGACCCUCGCGUCCGACAGCAUUUUCCGCGCGUUUGCGAUGAGCGAUCAAAAGACACAUGCGCUCCUCCAUGGUCACAGCUACACCGCCCAUCCUGUGGGCUGCCAGGUGACUCUCGAGACACUUGAUAUGCUCGACGAGAUGCCCACGAAGGCGUCAUGGGAUCCAGCCUGGCUAGAGCGCAUGUCUCAUGCCAAGCGUUUGCGCGGUAUCAUGUCCCUGGGCACGGUCCUCAAGCUAGAGCUGGAGAGCAGCACCGGUGGUUAUGCAUCGGAUGCCGCCGACGACCUGCUCCGAACGCUGCGUGCUGGGUCCUUCCCGAUACAUUUGCGCUCGCUGGGCCAGGUUGUGUACAUCAUGACAAGUUUGACGACGCCAGCCGACACAUUGGCUCGCAUCCAGACACUACUCGAGCACGAAUUCCUAUAA